UCUGUUUUGGACUUGAAUAGCCGAUCGAUCUGGACGGCUGAUCGCAUCUGCGGUGCACGAUAGCAAGGCACACUUUGCCAAGACCAUCAAAGAAUCUCGAGAGUCGACUCUGACGCGAGAUAAAUAUAAAAAUCGACAGAAAAUAAAAACCCUAAUUUGCAGAGAGUCCGCGCUUCUCUCUCAACAAAAUCUGACCAAAGUGCGUCGUUCAUUGCUCCAGCUCGAUUGGCGUUGUACGUCUCCUAUCUAUACAAUCUGUGUAUGCUGUGAUUGAAAGCUUUGAGUAGCAACCUCAAUUCUAAUUUCACAAUGGGCAAUGGGCCAGCACCCUUCUCAGAUAUUGGCAAACGGGCAAAAGAUCUGUUGACCAAAGAUUACAACUAUGACCACAAGUUUGUAUUAUCAGUUCCUGGAUCUACCCCCAUGGGAUUGACUGCUACUGGUUUGAAAAAAGGUCAAAUAUUUCUUGGAGAUAUAAGUGCUCAAUACAAGAGUGGCAGGACUAUCGUAGAUGUAAAAGUUGAUACAUAUUCAAAUGUCUCAACAAAAGUAACUGUUCAUGAAGUAAUGCCAAGUACAAAAGCAAUAUUAAGCUUUGAUGUCCCUGAUCAUAAAUCCGGGAAGCUUGAUUUGCAGUACCUUCAUCCUAGAGUCGCCAUUGAUUCCAGUAUCGGCCUGAACCCUUCUCCGGUUCUAAAUCUGGCAGCGGCAGUUGGCGGCAGUGACAUACUUCUCGGAGGUGAAGUCGGAUUCGACACCGCCUCUGCUUCUUUCACCAAGUACACCGCCGGAAUCAGCUUCAACAAACCCGAUCUUUCUGCCGCCCUUAUGCUGACAGAUAAAGGGCAAACAUUGAAGGCAUCUUAUGUACACUCAGUGAACACCUCAAACACUAGUCAAGUUGUUGCUGAAAUGACACACAGAUUAAACACAUUGGAAAAUAGCUUCACAAUUGGAAGCUCACAUGUUCUUGACCGCUACAACACGGUUAAAACCCGGUUCUCAGAUAACGGAAAACUUGCCAUGGUGUGCCAACGGGAAUGGCGGCCCAAAUCAUUGAUUACUUUCUCUGCAGAGUAUGAUGCCAAGAGAAGUGAAGUGGGCCCCAAGUGGGGUCUUGCUUUGGCUUUGAAGCCUUGAAUAUGGUUUGGUUUGGUUUUUUUUUUUGGGUAAGAUUUUAUGAAAUUGUUUUGGAGAUUAUGAAAUGAUGAGAUUUCAUCAAAAGGGUAUUAUAUUGAUUGAUGUCGAAUUUUAUUUGGGAAAAAUUGACCCGAUUUUGAUUUUGGUGUAACGGGUAUACAUGCAAAUUGUUUGUAUGUUAGAUUUUGAUAGAAGCAUGGGGCUUUAAUUGUAGUCCUGUGAAUGAUACUUCUCUCAGCUUAAUAAUCCAUGAUCACAUUUUUAGGUUA